AUGUCAGGGGCUUCGUCGAAUACCUCAGGAGCAUCGACCGGAGGAAACGCUUAUCGUCGUCGGGGUGGAGUGGUCAUGGGAAUUCCGAAGAAGUGUUGGUGUGGUGAUGAAACUGUUCCUCUCAUGUCCAAAUCCGAAAAAAAUCCGUACCGAAGGUACUACCGUUGUGCUACUCCUGCAAGAAAGAAGUGGAUCGAUGAGGCACUGGUAAAUGAGGUUGAAACUCUUGAACUCAAAACCGCAAGACUCGAGCAAGAGUUGAGAGAGAUACAAACGAAGGUGGAGGAGCUAUGUGAUAAGGUGGAAGCGUUGUUAGCUGAAGGCAAAAGCAACAUGAAGAGAAUGAUGAUAGUAGGUAUUGUUGGAUGUGUGGGUGUGCUAGGAAUCAUGGAGUUAUGCAUAAGGAAAUGGUGA